AAUCUCAUCUUCGUUGCGCGCUUGCAGGCCCACAGACGCCGCAUCUCGGGACCGCGCGCGCUUGGUGUGCAUACAUCUCACUCGCCUUCGUGAUUGCUGCUCGCUCCAUCAUCAUAGCAUCCGGUUUCGCGCCGCCACACGUCGUGCUUGCUCAAGAUGACUUCCAAAAAAGUCAACGGCAAGGGCAACGGCAACGUCAACGUCAACGGCAAGCAGCCGUUCGACGUGGCAGCAGACGAGUAUCAAUCUCCCUUUUCUCUACCUCCACGUCCUCCCACAGAACCAUCAACGCAGCCAUCAUCGCCAUUCUUUGAUGAUGCAGAAAGAGCAGAGGCUCUGGCUUGGGCUCGCGAGCACGAUGGCGAUGCAGAGACCAACGGCACAGGGACGGCCGCGGAGAUGGGCAUCAGCAUAGGUGGGAGGCGCAGAAGGGACAGCCAAGUGGGCAGCUAUGCCGACGAUGGCGGUCUCAGUUCCAGCAUCUUUGACGGUCCCACCGCUGGUGCCGUGCCAAGCAGCGUGAGCAGCAUGCACCAUCAUUUGUCCCGCCCUGAGCUAUCUCGCCGCGCUUCCAACAGAUCAAGGCAGCGCAUUUCCCGCGAGUACUCCAACUCGCCCACCCGCUCUCGCAAGAUCAGCACCUCUUCCAUUCGCAGCAGCGGUGAUUUGGAUGAUGCAGAGGCUGACGAUACAAGGAGUGCAGCGGAAAGCGUUCGAAGUAUCGCUGCCCGCUCGAGUUUCGGUCGCAAGAGGCGCGUGGCAUCUCGCCGGGAAGCCGAGGAAGUGGAUGCGAGCGAAGAACGUCCCCGCGGCGUGCUUGGCAGCUUCAUGGCUUCGCUUCGAGGCGGACAGCAAGCAUCAUCAGAGGAGCAAGAUGCUUCGGGCUCACAGCGACCCCUAAUGAGCCGUCGCAGGAGCUCUUCGUCCGUCGUCAGCCGCUCAUCUCGUCCCUCCUCCGACCGCGGAGGCGGCGGAGGUUGGAGCGAGGAAGAAUACGGCACGGAUGAUAACGAGGAUGAAGACGACCAAGACGGGGACUAUAUCAGCGAUGCAGAUAGCCUGCACAGCAGCACCUCCGAUGAAGAUGGCGAUCGGGGAAGAGGCGGCUUGCUGCCUUCCGCCUUUGGCAUGGUGGGCGGUCAGGUCGACCCCGUCUUUGGAGAUAAUCGAGUCACGCUGGAUCACGAGCCUCGCGACGAGCUGGACGAAGAGCUGGGUGCGAGCGCUACCAAUGAAGCUGGAGCUGGCGACUCGAGCGGCUUUGCGCGUGGUCGUUCUGGCUUUCUUCCCGACAUUGAGGCAGCUGCAGCAGCGCCAACAGCGGCUGCUCAAGAAGCUGCGCGAGUCAAGGAGGAAAUGUCUUACCUGGACAAGGACAGCAGAUCGAAGCAGCAAAUCUAUCUCGCCGAAGACGACGCCUUGAUUCGAUUCACUGGCUACCGCUCCGUGCCCACAAAGCAGCUCACUUACACUCUCGCCUGCAUCCUCACCCUCGGCAUCGUCUACUUGCUAGGCCGAUGGCUGCCACGUUGGCGCCUUCGCUGGGUAUGCACACUUGCCGACUUUGAUUCUGCCGAUUUCAUCAUCGUCGAGAAUCAAUGGGGAGACAUGGUCAAGGUCAAGCCCGAUACGGUGCCCUUUGCUCGGCCCCUCGCCACCGUCUUUCCCGUCUCGUCUAGAGAGCCGCCCAGCACCCCUGCAGAGCAUCAGUCUGCUCCUCCCGUCGCCCUUCCGCCUGGCCUAGUGCUCAACGGCAAGUCGGCGUCUGCGCGUAGCAGCAUCGCCGAAGCGUCCAAAAUCGCGCCCGCGCAGACGCGCACGCCCGCCUCUUCGCUUCCCAUGCUCGCAGGCGUCCAGACGGAGCAGCUCAUGGAGCUCACGUUUCUAGACUAUCGCUACACGCGCUUCGCUCUCCAUCCGCCUUCGGGCCGCUGGCGCAUGAUCAAAGAUUGGCGCGAUCCAACGUGGACAUCCACCGCUUCAGCCGCCAAGGGCAUCAGCUGGGACGCCGAAAAGGAUCGCACAACGUUGUUUGGCGAGAAUGUCAUCGACAUUGCGGGCAAGACGACGUGGCAAUUGCUCGUCGAUGAAGUUUUGCACCCUUUUUACAUGUUUCAGAUCGUAUCGAUCGUUUUGUGGAGCAUCGACGAUUACUACUACUACGCCGCUUGCAUCGCUCUCAUCAGCGCUGCAUCCAUCAUCACGACCUUGCUCGAGACCAAGCGCACCAUUGCGCGCAUGCGCGCCAUGAGUCGAUUCACAUGCCCCGUCAGGGUGCUGCGAGAGGGCAGCUGGGCCGAUCGUGAUAGCUCGGAACUCGUGCCGGGUGACGUGUACGACGUGGCAGAGUCGAGCUUGCUCCUGUUCCCUGCUGACAGCGUGCUGCUCAGCGGUGAUGCGAUCGUCAACGAGAGCAUGCUCACGGGAGAGUCGGUGCCCGUCAGCAAAGUGCCUCUCGCGGAUUCGGGCAUGCUCGGCCUGCACUCGCCUUCAGGAGAAAUCUCGCCCGAUUUGGCGCGCCACUUUCUCUUUGCGGGAACGAGAAUCAUCCGAAUUCGGCCUACUACGGGCGGCGGGGACGAUGCUGGGGCAAAAGCAAUGGUUGUGCGCACUGGGUUCGACACGACCAAGGGCGCACUAGUCCGCAGUAUGCUGUUCCCCAAGCCCAUGGGAUUCAAGUUCUACCGCGACUCUUUUAGAUUUAUCGGAUUCCUUGCCGGCAUUGCGGGCGUCGGCUUCCUUGCCAGCUCCAUCAACUUUAUCAAGCUCGGCAUUGGCAUUCACACCAUCAUUCUGCGUGCCCUCGACCUGAUCACCGUCGUCGUUCCUCCUGCUCUUCCCGCGACCAUGAGCAUCGGCACCACCUUUGCCAUCGCUCGUCUGCGCAAAGGAGGCAUCUUUUGCAUCUCUCCCAAUCGCGUCAACAUUGGAGGCAAGAUCAAUGUCGUGUGCUUUGACAAGACUGGUACCUUGACUGCAGACGGCCUCGACGUCUUGGGCACUCGUACGAUCGACCUGCGCGCCAAAAGGUUCAGCGAGCUCCACGAGACCGUCGAAGAGAUGCCUGUCAAUGGCAGCAACACUCCGAGCGAUGUGGAAGCCCGCAAGAUGCCCCUCCUGUACGCCCUGGCUACGUGUCAUAGUCUCAAGGUCGUCGAUGGGGAGGUCAUUGGCGAUCCUUUGGAUGUCAAGAUGUUCGAGUAUACCGGCUGGACUCUCGAUGAAGGCAAGGACGCUGCACAAGCGACCACAAAGAGCGGUACGGCAAAGGAUGGCAAGAGUCGACUGACCGAUAGAGCGCCUGCGCUGGUACAAACGGUCGUUCGCCCACCUGGUGGUCAGCACUUUGAAGUCGAAGAUGCCGUCAAGCCAGGCAAGCAUGCACAUUUUCUCGAAUUGGGCGUGCUGCGCACGUUCGAAUUCGUGUCCCAGCUCCGUCGAAUGAGCGUCAUCGUCAAGCGCCUCAAAUCCCCUUCCAUGGAAGUCUACGUCAAGGGAGCGCCCGAAGUCAUGACGGAGAUCUGCGAACGCGAUUCGUUCCCUGCCGACUACGAUGACCUGCUGGCGUACUACACCAAGCACGGAUAUCGUGUGAUUGCUUGCGCAGGCAAGACGAUGCCCAACAUGAGCUGGAUCAAGGCGCAGCGAAUGAAGCGAGAGCAGGCAGAGAGCAAGCUGCGAUUUCUGGGAUUGAUCAUCUUUGAGAACAAGAUCAAAGAAGGGACCGCGCCGGCCAUUCAAGAGCUGAUGAAUGCCAACAUUGUCUGCAAGAUGGCCACCGGAGACAAUCCACGCACUGCCAUCAGCGUCGCGCGCGAGUGUGGCAUGGUCGACCAAUCGGCCCACGUCUUCUUGCCAACGUUUGUGCACGGUGAUCAAAAGUCGCCAGACGCAGUCAUCGACUGGUCGAGCGUCGACGACGAGCGGGUCAAAUUGGAUGCGUUUCGCCUCAAGCCGUUGCGCGACGAUCCGCACCUAGACGAGCUCGACUUUCAAGAUUAUCAGCUCGCUGUCACGGGUGACAUUUUCCGGUGGAUGAUCGACUAUGCGCCGAUCGAGACGCUUCGCCGGAUGCUCAUCAAGGGCACCAUUUUCGCGAGAAUGUCGCCCGACGAAAAGCACGAGCUCAUCGAGCGAUUGCAAGCGCUGGGCUACACGACUGGUAUGUGCGGAGACGGUGCAAAUGACUGCGGUGCCCUCAAAGCCGCAGAUGUGGGCAUCUCUUUGAGCGAAGCCGAAGCAUCGGUCGCCGCUCCGUUCACUUCCAGUUCGCCAGAUAUUUCGUGCGUCAUCGACGUCAUCAAAGAAGGCCGCGCUGCCAUCACUUGCAGCUUUGGGUGUUUCAGCUUCAUGGCGCUGUACAGUCUGAUCCAAUUCACGACCAUCACGUUGCUCUACGGCUUUGCAUCUUCCCUCGGCGACUUUCAAUUCCUCUACAUCGAUCUCGGCCUCAUCAUUCCGCUGGCCGUGGCCAUGGCUCGUGGUCUGCCUUUCGAUACGAUCCAUCCCAAGCGACCCACGGCGAACCUGGUGUCCAAAAAGGUGCUGAUCAGCAUGCUUGGACAGGUCGUGAUCUGCGCUGCUGCGCAAUUCUUCACCUUCUUCUACACUCGCGCCCAGCCCUGGUACACGCCGCCCAUUGUGAAUCCGGACAAGCUGGACGUGGUCAACCCGGAAAACUCUGCCCUCUUCUUGGUCUCGUCCUUCCAGUACAUUAUCGUCUGCGCCAUCUUUAGUGUCGGACCACCAUACCGCAAGCCCUUGUACACCAACCCGAUGCUGGUGGCGGCGCUCGUCAUUCUCUCAUUCUGCAGCUUGUACUUUCUCUUUGUCCCCUCUGGAUUCAUCUUUGAGCUCCUGGGACUUGUGGAAUUCCCUCGAAGCUUCCACUUUGCCCUGCUCGCCGUCGUCUUGGUCAACACUGCAGCGUGCUUCGCGUUUGACGCGUACGGCAAGCAGCCCCUCACCUCUGCUAUCAAGGCCAUGCAGAGGUACUGGAGACGGCGCAAUCGUCGCGAUGAGCGCGUCACCAAGAGCGGCAAGGUGUACAAGCAGGUGGCCGCGGGCAUGAUCGAGGAAGCUUGAUCGAGGGCGGCGUGCGGCGUGGGCAGGCACGCAUACUCAUCCCCGGGACAGUCCCAUGUAGAAGCUCGGAAAGUAAUCAAUUCGCA